UAUUUAAUUUCAUUAAAUUUCAUUUCCACUUUCCUUCACCACUUGUUAGUUGUCACAGCAAGGAAACCAACCACCAGAAAUGCCAUGGCUUCUUCAUUUCUCCACUGCCAAAGCUGAUUUUGAAAAUCCUACUUGCGUUUGUGUUUUCUCCUCAAGAUUCCCGUUAGGUUGUGGUCUGUUGGAGUUCACUGAGAUCUAUGAUAAAGAUAUAGCUGUGGUGUGGAUGCUUGACUUAUUCUUUAACAUAUAUUGAGCAAAGUGUGCAUUCCAUCUUUGAUGGCCUCGAAAAGUGGCUAUAGAAUUACGGGGAGUUUGCAACAAAGAGUUGUUAGUAGUCAGCAUGCUACCAAGGCGAAUGAUCACGAAUCUACUAACAAGCCCAAGCCGAUUGAUCCUGAGCAAUUAGGCGAGCCUGAUAAGGCGCCUAAAGAAGAUGCUGAGUCCAACAAAUCUGCAAAUGGUAAAAAGAGUUCUUUGAUCUUUUCUAAUACCUCAGAGUCCAAUAUCUCUUUCUCCGGGUCUGAAAAGGCAUCUAAAACUCAAGAUCUUGAGUUAACCGACAUUAGAAGCUCACGGGAAACUUCCUUUGAUCAGGGGAAGAAAUCAUCUGGUCUAGGGAGUGUAAAGGUUAGUGAUGGAACCAAUAGCCUUGCAAAAACCAGUGGAAGCACCAAAGUGAGCGAGCGUGCUGAGUUCAUUGAGAGUGGAAAGAGCAGCAUAUGUCGGGGAAGUACAAGCAGUGAUGUCAGUGAUGAGAGCACCUGUAGCAGCUUUAGUAGCAGCAUCAAUAAGCCUCACAAAGCAAAUGAUGUUCGAUGGGAAGCCAUCCAAGCUGUCCGCUUCAGGGAUGGCGCAUUGGGUUUGAACCAUUUCAGGCUCCUAAAACGGUUAGGUUGUGGAGACAUUGGGAGUGUUUAUCUGGCCGAGUUGAGCGGGACAAAAUGUUACUUUGCAAUGAAAGUAAUGGACAAGGCAUCUCUUGCAAGUCGCAAGAAGCUUGUUCGUGCUCAGACAGAAAGAGAGAUUCUACAGUCCCUGGACCAUCCAUUUCUUCCUACCCUAUACACCCAUUUCGACACAGAUAAAUUUUCAUGUCUGCUGAUGGAAGUCUGCCCUGGUGGAGACUUGCAUACUCUUCGUCAAAGACAACCAGGAAAGCACUUUUCCGAGCAAGCGGCCAAAUUUUAUGUUGCUGAAGUGCUGCUAGCUUUGGAGUAUUUGCACAUGCUUGGUAUUGUGUAUCGUGACCUUAAGCCUGAAAACGUCCUUGUUAGGGAUGAUGGACAUAUAAUGCUCUCAGACUUUGAUCUUUCUCUUCGUUGUGCUGUUAGCCCAACUUUGGUGAAGACCUCAUCCAUAACUUCUGAUCCUCAGAAUAAAAAUUCCACGUACUGUGCGCAGCCAGCAUGCAUUGAACCGGCUUGCAUUCAGCCAUCAUGUGUUCUUCCGACUAUGUGCUUUUCUCCUCGUCUCUUUUCAAGCAAAUCCAAGAAGGACAGGAAGCCCAAAAAUGAUAUUGGAAAUCAGGUCAGCCCACUGCCAGAGCUGAUUGCUGAGCCAACCAAUGCUCGUUCGAUGUCUUUUGUUGGAACACACGAGUAUUUGGCACCGGAAAUCAUCAAAGGGGAAGGUCAUGGAAGUCCAGUGGAUUGGUGGACUUUUGGGAUCUUUCUAUAUGAGCUCUUGUUUGCUAAAACUCCAUUUAAAGGAUCUGGGAAUCGAGCCACAUUGUUCAAUGUUGUAGGACAGCCCCUCCGGUUUCCAGAAUCCCCUGUUGUCAGUUUCGCAGCUAGGGACUUGAUCAGGGGUUUGCUUGUGAAAGAGCCUCAGCACAGAUUAGGCUACAAAAGAGGUGCAACCGAGAUAAAGCAACACCCUUUCUUUGAAGGAGUUAAUUGGGCUUUAAUACGCUGUGCCAGCCCUCCAGACGUCCCAAAACCUGUUGAUUACGAGCAAAUGCCUCUCCCGACGAAUGACAAGACUCCUACCUCUGUUGCUGCUACGGAUCAGAAGAGCGACAAAUAUUUGGAGUUUGAUUUCUUCUAGUUAGUUACAACUUACAAGUUUGCCCUAAAUUAAGUUGGUUGUGGAUCUCAUUUUAGAGAGGUAGGCUGAUGAAGAUCAGUUCAAGCGUCGCUCCAUCCCGUGCAGUAAACUCAUAAAUGCCCUUGAUUCAUCGCGGCCCUUAAACGCGAAGACGUUUUUCUUUUUCUGCUUUUAUAUUUCCAUUAUUUUUCUAAGUACAUUGUUUGGAACACUUGGAAGCUGUAAAAAUUGUAUGGUUCCUGUUAGUUUGAGGAUUAAAUGUCAAUGAGUGUAUAAUUUUUAUGUCAA